AUGGCGGCCGCAAAAGCAGACACGUCAAGACGGAUUCCAACCAUCAUUACAUGCCCGUCAGAAAUGGUUGGGUUAUCAACCGCUCUGGGGUAUGCACAGGUUACCGGUGUACCCCAAUGCGUGAUAGUACAUGUAGAUUGCGGCACACUUGCUAUGGGCCAGUCAAUCCAUAAUGCAUCGGUUUCUCGUGUUCCGGUUCUGAUGUUUGCUGGACUAAGCCCAGUGACUCAGGAGGGGGAAAUGCUAGGGUCUCGAACUGAGUUUAUUCAUUGGUUACAGGAUGUACCAGACCAGGCGGCAAUUGUUCGACAAUACUGCAGAUAUACCGGAGAAAUCAGAGUCGGUCAUAACGUCAAACAAAUGGUCAAUCGAGCACUUCAAAUUGCUACGUCUGACCCGAAAGGUCCCACAUAUCUCACUGCGACUCGUGAAGCACUUGAAAUGGAAGUUCCCAGACUCGAACUCGAUCAGGAACGGUGGGGAGCAACAAUCCCAUCUGCGCUGCCGGAAUCAGAAAUAGAAUAUAUCGCAAACUGCUUGAUCAACGCCAAACGACCACUGGUCAUCACUGGAUACCUUGGCCGGAACCCAAAAGCUCCAGCAGUGCUAGAGGCGCUUUGUGACAAAUUACCCAUCGAAGUCAUCGAAACCGUUGGCUCGGAUGUCUGCAUGAGGAGUGACCACGACGCCUACAGGGGCGUAACGAUAACGACUCACCCUCUAGUUGCAGAAGCUGAUGUUAUCCUUGUUCUCGACUGCGAUGUGCCAUGGGUGCCGACGCAAGGCAGACCGUCUGCGAAUGCGAAGAUAUUCCACCUUGAUGUUGACCCGCUCAAACAACAAAUGCAAUUGUACUACAUCAACGCACACCGAAGAUACAAAGUCAGCUGCGAACUCGCGCUCCAGCAGCUCAACGCAUUCAUCGACCGCCAGCACCUCGACGCAUCGAAAUACAACCGACUCUUCCAAGACCGGAGCGAGCGAUCCCAGCAACGGCGAAGCACCCUUGAAGCGGCAGAAUCCCCAUCCGACGACGGGAUCGUUCGCGUCCCAUACGUGAUGUCUCGGCUGCGAAGCCAUCUCCCCGAGCAGACCACGGUGGUGAUCGAAGCCGUGACGAACGCGAUCCCCGUGAUCCACCACCUCCAGCUCACCAAGCCGGGGACACUGGUCGGCACGGGCGCCGGCGGACUCGGGUGGCUCGGGGGCGGGGCACUGGGGGUGAAGCUGGCGAGACCGGCCGACUUCGUCGUCGCCGUCGUUGGCGACGGGACGUUCCUGUUCUCGCAGAUGGAGAGCACGUUCUGGAUCGCCAAGCGCUACGACAUCCCCAUCUUGCUGCUCGUCCUCAACAACGGCGGAUGGAACGCCCCCAAGGUGUCGACCCUCCUGGUGCACAAGGACGGCCACACCGCUCGGCACACUCGAAAAGAUGUCAAUAUCUCCUUCGACCCCGCGCCCAACUAUGUCGGUAUUGCCGCCGCAGCGGGAAAUGUCUGGGGCGCCACGAUCGGUAACAUCGCGGAUGUGGAUGGCGUGCUCAAAGAGGCCGUCGCCGUCGUGAAAGGGGGGAAAUCGGCUGUUGUCGAAGUCCGUGUCCCUCCUAUAUGGCCCGAGAGCUAG